AUGGAAGUUAUUGAAGAUGGCAAUAUUAUGGACAGGAUCCCUAUUUUGUUGCAAAGGGACUUGGAGUAUUAUCAGAAUAAUCAAACUGUCUUAUCUGAAAAGAUCUGUAGCGGAGUUGUUGGAGGAAGGCUAGAUUUUCCUAGGAGUGCUUCAUUUGCUGCUGUGAAAAUUGUACUUUGGCUUGAAGAGGAAUUCUCAGUUGCUUUUAAACAAGGCUCUGGCAUGUUUGUGACAUUAGAAGAUGAUAAUAUAGAAGGAGGUGUGGCUAAAACAUCAGAUCCCGAUAAGUUCGUUCAGCUAGCCAUCAAGUCAAGUGAUUCUCUAUUAGAACACCUCCAUAUGCUGGCCCAAGAAGCACUUGACCAUGCUGACUUGCCAGUUCUAACUGCGACCCUGGGUGCUGCCGCUUUGCUUAAAAACAGUCUGUACUGCUAUUUGCAGCAUAUUGAAGAUACAGGUCUUGCUGAAAUGCAAUCUAUUAUGCAGUCCUGUUACAAGAGAUACGUAACAAUGUCUGAAGCAGUUGGAGAAAGAGUUUUAGACUUGCAUAAUAGAGUUCUGUCAUUGUACAUACUUCAAGACUCAGGCGGUCGACCCAUAGAUUUGCAAAGAACUAUACAGGCUGGCACGCCCUCGGUCAACGGCUGGUGGCUUUAUAUGAACGGCAGUCGAAAAGAUCUAUGGGAUACGGUACCACCGCGUAUGGCUCAGAGGAUAUUUGCCGGAAUGCUGAAUGAGACGCUCACUAUACUCACAGUACGAUACUGUCAGACCAGCACUGACCACAUACCACUACUCGUAAAUGACAUAGUGAAUAUAUUGCUGUGCACAGCUCAAUUGUUACCUUGUAUAUGCGCGUGUGGUUCAGACUUGGUUGGCUUACAAAGGUCCACACAGAGCCGUGACGUCAGAGACGUCCACGCCAAGUGCAAUGAACUGUUCAAAUGUAUGGUGUUUAGAGGUGCCGAAUUGCACUUUUUACAUCAGGCAUUUAAAGAGAAUGAAGAAAAAACAAUGACAAAGGAAUGUCCCUACCCAUGGUUUACGUUUGUUAGUCCCAAUUUGUUUGAUGGUUUCGAUGACGUCACGACGCAUACGCAGGACUUGCCGAAUAAAACUGCUAUUGGUUUAGAACUUAUUGUAUUACUGGGUCAACCACAGCCAUCUUGGAGUUUGCUUGUUAAGGUGUUAAUGAUGCGAAACUGUCAUUUAGCGAGAAUGCUUAUUAUCUCUGCUAUACGAAAUAUGUCUAGCGAUAACUCGCGGUGGCCCGCCGAUGGCUUGUGGUACGGGGAUGGGACUAGGCAUAGAUGUGAUGGGUUUCUGUGUACAGCAGACGGGUUUUGUACGUUCACAGAGGAUAAAAAGGAUGGCGAAGAGUAUGCUAGAGCGGUGGGCGCUUUGUCUCAUAUAAUAGCGAAUAUUGGCAGUACGGAUGAAGUGAAAUCCACUUUAUGCUAUGCGUUGGAAGUAUCUGGUAGAGAUUGGGCAGCUUGCUUGGAUAAACGACAGGUAUGGUGCGAUAGGAGACCUUCAUGGUUGGCUGGAGUAAUGGGAUUGGUUGGCACAGCUUUGGAAUUUAUACCUUCCGUACUUGUUAAUGCGAUACAGUCCGGUGCCUCUAUGUACCAGACAAUGUCCCUUUGUUUAACCUGCAUAUCUCGUACCUUGAUCUCAAUACCGCGUAGUUUUUUAAAUACAGCAGAAAUUUUGGAAAAAUCAUUGCCAACAAAUAUUCACCCAGUUGGCGGCUCUGUCGUGUUGCAAAUGUUAAUUACUGUGGUCUACGAAGAGCUUUUGAAGUGGGCUAAGAAAGAGGCUUUGAAGGAAACCGCAGCAUGUGGAGAUGCAAAUAAUACGAACAUACGGCACAAAGCCAGGGCGAAACAAGUCAGGAUACAUUCCAUGCAAACAACUAUGUCCAGUUCGGUUAGUUUCGACGGAAGUCACAGCAGUCCAUCGUCAAUAGCUUUAGCUGUGGCCGAAGCGCUCUGUUCCAUAGACGAGGACGACAAACAUACGAACGAGAUAGAGAAUCUGUUCGAGGAAACAAAGAAGAAACAUUCAGUCUCCAACACUUUUGGCUUGGAAGAUUUUCCAGAGUUUGCGGAGUUUUUUGAAGAGGGUAACGUUGCUGCAUCAAACGCGGAGAGGUCAGACGAUGCCGCGGCUUUAACUAGUCAAAUAUUGAUGACGUCGGCUGGAAGAGAUAGCCUUCGGGUUUUGUAUGAUCAUCUACAAAUGCAUUCAGAAAGGAUUUACAAAGGUUUGGGGAUUCAAGACGAUUGUGACGUUACUUUUCCGCUAAAUAGAGCGCCAUUGCUCUAUAUAAUGUUUCAUAUUGGAAGGCGGCCUUUCGAUCAAUACUUCCGCGGAGAGUGGCCAAUGCCUUGGAGUAGGCUUGUAUCAGCUGCCAAAGCUUGGUCCGGCACAGAGGGCGCUAAAAUACACGUGAAUCGACGUACGGAUAUCCGAAAUAUUAAAAAUCAAAAAAAUAAACAAUUACUUGAACUGUAUUCUAUAUUUAAGGAUAAACCUGAAGGCCUGUUAUGA